CCUUCGUUAUAACUCUCAAAUAUUCCCAUUCCUCUGCAGCCUAGCCAAAAGCCAGAACUUCGUCCUUUACUUUUCUUUACCAUUCCGAUCUUAAUUAUGUUUACUCCUUUGUUCAUUGAUCCUCGAAAACCCUUUCCAGUACUUCCCUGUUCGUUUUCAGCUCACUUGGUUAGUAUUAGUCCCUCCUUUCCUUUGUUCUGUUUCCAGUCAAGCCUUUUACUUUGAUUCUCUGUUUAUCAAAUUAAUUCCUCAGCUUUUUCCAGUCUUUGAAAACAGUUCCCGAUUUCUCACCAGUUUUAUAUCGCGCUCGGUAUCAUCAUCGUUGUUUUUCGUAUUGUUUGGGUCUGCUCCCUUGUUGUCUCUGCUAGUUCAUGAUUUACUGUUGAAACCGAAAAUUAAAAAAAACCCUAAAAAUAUGGAAAUUCCUAGUAACUGCGCUGCCAAUCUCGUUAGCGAAAUUGCCAAAUUCAUGUUCUUCCAAAUUAAGCGUCGUAUCAGUUAUGUAUUCCACCAUAAGAGAGAGGUUGAGAAUUUUGAGGAAAAAGUUCAGAGGUUGAAAGAAAGAAGAGAGAGAGUGCAGCAUGAUGUUGAUGCUGCUAAAAGGAACGUUGAGAAGAUAGAGAUCGGUGUCGAGAAUUGGCUGAUCAAGGUGGACAAGAUGAUCGAUGAAGAGGCGAAAGAAACGAAGGACCUUGAAGACAAAGCAAAGAACAAGUGUUUCAUUGGCUUGUGUCCCAAUUUCAAGUCGCGUUACCAGCUUAGCAAGAAAGCAGAGAAAGAUGCCAACGCUGUUGAUGUACUCCUCCGGCAAGGUGAAUUUGACAAAGUAUCUUACCGUGAUCCUCCUCAAGCCAUGGUGUAUGCAUCUCCAAAAGAUUUUGAGGCCUUUGAUUCAAGAAAGCAGGUUUUUGACGAGAUCAUGGAGGCAUUGAAAGAUCCUAGUAUCAACAUUAUAGGAGUGUACGGGAUGGCUGGUGUGGGCAAGACCACACUUGUCAAAGAAGUUGCUAAGCAAAUCAAAGGGGAUAAGUUAUUUGAUUCGGUGGUUAUGGCACAUGUAACUCAGACUCUUGAUAUACAGAAAAUGCAAGACCAAAUUGCAGAGCCAUUGGGUUUAAAAAUAGAAGAAAAGAGUGUGGCUGCAAGAGCUAGUAGAUUGCACGAAAGACUGAAGGGAGAAAAGAAGAUUCUUGUUGUUUUAGAUGAUAUUUGGGCAAGAUUAGAGCUGAAUAAAGUGGGAAUUCCUGUUGGAGAUGAACAUAAAGGAUGCAACAUACUGCUUACGUCAAGAAAUCUCGAUGUUUCAUUGAAUGGUAUGGAUGUUCAGAAAAAAUUUCGAAUCAAUGUUUUAAAAGAAGAGGAAGCUUGGGAAUUGUUUAAGAAGAUGGCAGGGAACGGUGAUAAAAGUCCUGAAUUACCGUCUAUAGCGACUGAGGUAGCUAAAAAGUGUGCUGGUCUGCCAAUCGCCGUUUCAACGGUUGCAACGGCUUUGAGGAAUAAAGAUUCAUUUGAAUGGGAGGAUGCUUUGCGGCAACUGCAGAGGCCUUCCUCGAGCAACUUCAGUGAGGUACCAGAAGAGGCAUAUGCAGCUAUAGAGUUGAGUUACAAUCAUUUAAAAGGUGAGGAACUCAAACAGACUUUCUUGCUUUGCAGUCUACUUGGUCAUAAUGUUGCUAUUCAAGACAUGCUGAAAUAUAGUAUGGGUUUGGGUUUGUUUCAUGGUGUCAACACAGUAGAAGAAGCAAGAAAAAGAUUGUUAACGGUGGUGAGUAAGCUCAAAACCUCCUGUUUGUUACUUGAUAGUUACACCGAACUGCACUUUGAUAUGCAUGACCUUAUUCGUGAUGUCGCCAUAUCAAUCGCUUCUAGGGACAACCGUGUCUUUGCAUUAAACAAUGAGGAUGUUCCAAAAGAUUGGCCAAAUGUAGAGGCAAUGAAAAGUUGGGACAAAAUUGGUUUGCGUUAUGCUAUUAAUCUCAAGCUUCCUGAUCAAUUGAAAUGUCCGAAACUUACAUUUUUCUAUAUGGGUAGCAGGGAUCCUUCGAUGGAAAUGCCAACUAACUUUUUCAAGGAAACGAAAAAUCUUAAAGUUCUAGAUUUGACUGAAAUGCAUUUUCCGUCCUUACCUUCAUCCAUUUCUCUACUAUCAAACCUUGGAACAUUGUGCCUAGAUCAAUGUGUGUUGGGAGAUAUUGCCAUUAUUGGAGAGCUCAAGAAUUUGGAAAUUCUUAGCCUUUUGGAUUCUGAUAUUAAAAUGUUACCUGAGGAAAUUGGAAAGCUGAUUAAGUUAAAGUUAUUAGAUCUACAUGGUUGUACCAAACUCAAAAGAAUUACACCCGGCAUCUUAUCUAGUUUGUCUAGAUUGGAAGAAUUGUACAUGGGUAACAGUCGUGUUCAAUGGGAAGCAGAGGGACACACUCAACCAAGCAAUGCCAGUUUUGCUGAAUUCAAGGCUUUGUCUUGUUUAACCACCUUAGAUGUUUGUAUCCCUAAUGCCAAGAUUAUUCCAAAAGACUUGUUCUUCGAAAAUUUGCAAAUAUACAGGAUUUUCAUAGGAGAAGCAUGGGAUUGGGAUGGUCAGAUUGGAUACUCGAGGACAAGGACAAGGACACUGAAACUCAAGCUAGAUACAGGCAUUGAGUAUCUAAGUUAUGGAUUGAAAAUGUUAUUGAACAAAGCGGAAAAUCUACAUCUAGAUGAAAUGACAGGUGUCAAGAUUUUGCUACAUGAGUCAGAAUAUAGGGAAAGUUUUCGAAUGUUGAAGAAUCUUCAUAUCCAAAAUGGUGCGUUGGUCCAAUAUAUCAUUAAAGAUAAUGAUAUUGUUGACAAAAUUGAGUUUCUUCAACUACAGUCCUUGAUACUUCAGGAUCUGCCAAAACUCAUUAGCUUUUGCUCUGAAAACAACAGUUCGACUUCUAUUUCUCCAAAAGAGUUGCCACUUUUCAAUGACAAGAUAAUGUUUCCUAAGUUGGAGAAGCUGAAACUAUCCUCAAUCAACAUUGAAAGGAUAUGGCACUACCAACCUCCCAGAGGGUCUUAUUCGAUGCAAAAUUUGACGAGCUUGAUCAUUGAGGGGUGUGACAAAUUAAAGCACAUAUUAUCCUACUCUAUGGCUGAAUGUCUGCAGCAGCUCCAAAGCUUUGAGGUAAUUGGUUGUAGGUGCAUACAACAGAUAGUAGCAAUGGAGGAGAUAAAAGAAGAUGGAAAAAGAGCAACGAUUUCAUUCCCUCUAUUAAACUCCCUAAAAUUAAAGGCUCUUCCGAAACUCAUCGGAUUUUGCCAUGAAAACUAUUUUCUUGAAUUCCCAUCCUUGAAGAUUCUAGAGGUAGAGCACUGCCUUGAAUUGAAGGGAUUCAUCAACAAAUCUAUGAGCAAAGAUAUCACUAUUGGCAGUACUACUGAAGCGCUGUUCAAUGAACAGGUUGCUUUUCCCAACCUGGAGAAAGUGACAAUCUCCCAUUUGAGGAACGUGAAGAGGUUAUGGUAUAACCAACUUCAUACGGAUUCCUUUUGUCAGAUGAAAGAAUUGAAAACUGAGUACUGUGAUGAGUUGUUGAAUAUUUUUCCAUCUUCUGUACUGGGAGUAUUUCAAAGACUGGAAAUACUAACAGUAACUGACUGUGAAUUACUAGAAGAAGUGUUUGAACUCCAAGCCCAAGAGUUAGAAAUCAAAGAUACAUACGAUGUGACCUUCCAAUUAAAACAAAUGUAUCUCCUUCGUCUGCCAAAGUUGAAGCAUGUUUGGAAUAGGGAUCCCCAUGGAAAUAUUUCUUUUCAAAAUCUGCAAGGAGUAGAUGUUUGGCAAUGUAGGAGUUUGAAAAGUGUCUUUCCAUUUUCAAUAGCCAAAGGUCUUCCACAACUUGAAAGGCUUUUAGUUCAAGAAUGUGGGGUGGAGGAGAUUGUUUCGAAAGGUGAAGGAUUAGAACAGGAAAUUUGGUUUGAAUUUAAUCAGUUAUCCUCCCUUAUCCUUUGGAUUGUGCCAAACUUGAAAUGUUUUUACCCAGGAAUGCACACCACUGUGUGGCCGGUGUUAAAAAAUUUGAAGACAUAUGGGUGCAAGGAGAUGGAGAUAUUCGGGCAGCUAGAGUCUAAUAUGCAGAAACCACUUUUCCAUAUUGAAAAGGUCAUCCCUCAAUUGGAGGUAGUGUGGUUAAGUAGUGAUGACAUUGCAAUGAUAUGUGGUGGCCAGUUUCCAGAAAACCUAUUUUGCCAUAUAAAAGUUCUUGGGAUUUCUUGCGAAUCAGCUAUUUAUCCAUUUUCUUUCCUCCGAAGAUUUUACAAUCUAGAAGAGCUUCUGGUGGGUCAUUGCAACUUCAAAGAGCUGUCUCCUUCCGAAGGAAAUGUUGGUGAAGAGAAAGAAGUCUGGAUGCUCCCAAAAAUUAAGAAGUUAGUAUUGUACAUGUUCCCUAGGUUGACACAGCUAUGGAAGCAAGAGUCACCACUGGGUCAUAUUUGUGCAAGGCUUGAAACUCUUGACGUUUGGAGAUGUGACAGUUUGAUUAAUUUAGGAGUAUCAUCCGCAUCUUUUGAAAAUCUUACAAGUUUAUAUGUCAGGAACUGCAAAGGGAUGGUAGAGUUGAUUACAUCCUCCGAAGUCCAAAGUUUGAUGCGUCUUGUCACAAUGAGUAUAAGAGAAUGUGAAAUGGUGAAAGAAGUAGUCGCAAGCGAGGCAGAUGAUGAAGCAACGUAUGAGAUUAUUUUCACAGAGUUGAAAUGUUUGGAACUUCAUUGUUUAGCAAGCCUCAGAAGCUUCUGUUCAGGGGAUCACACCUUCAAGUUCCCAUCAUUAGAACAAGUAAUUGUGAGUCAAUGUCCGAGAUUGACCAGCUUUUGUCAGGGAGCUAUUAGCACACCGAAACUACAAAGAGUACAACUAGCAGAAACAGACCAUAAUGGGCGUUGGGCUGGUGACCUUAAUGUCACUAUAGAACAGUUAUAUAUGGAACAGAAUGUUCAAAUUUUUGAAGAAGAAACUGAGGAUACCAUUUAGUUGCCCCAAGCUGGAAUAAGGCUACACGGUGUUAUACAAGUGAGACACUAUUGUGAUUGCAGAAUGCUCAAAUUUCUUUCAAUUAAUUGAAGUAAGAUGGUGAGUUCGUAAAAAAAGAAGAAACAAGUCAGAUGGUGAGUUCAACUUGCAGUUACUUUACAGAGAUAGGGUCCUUAUAGGCUGGAAAUGCAUUUGAAGAAGUAUGGCUUGUCUGCUGCCAUGCCUCAUAUCAGUCAAGUUUCUCCCUUGCAGUGUUCGUCCGCCUAAAUUUCAUAUCCUUUGAUUUUCUUGAUUUUUGGUGUAUGUCCAUACCUUGGAGAAGACUUUGGUGUCUGUAAUAGAUUUGUUAUAGUUGAGAUAUUUUGUGUUUAAAUGAAAUUAUGUGUACAUCACUCAUUAGUGGGACUCGUAAUUAGUUUCUAGAAUUGAUAUGAUUCAAAUUUAGUUUUAUCCAAUUUAUCUUCGUUUUC